GCAAUGUCAUAUGUUAUUGUCAAAUUUAUGACAAAGUAGGUCGCUGUUGAGGUUACUUUUACAUUAAUAACGUUAAUGUUAUAAAUUAACCACAACACUGCGGUUUUUUAUUAAUUUAAAUCCAUUAUUUCAAAAAGCUAACUUUCUAGCUAACAUUAACGUACAAUAAACGAUUAAGUGUCCAUAUCAACUGGCGUUAUUUUGGCGAUCCGUUAUGAUGAUUAUUUUUAGCACGCUCCGCCGUCCUCUUGCUAAAGCACACAGUGCUAGGGAGCGACUCCGGUCCAGGUUUUCGUGUCCACUCUUCCCUCCAGUUCCGACGACGAGUUUUUGGCCAGCGGAGAGUAGGUUGCGUCUGGUGGAGGGAGAGUGAGCGGGGCUGCCCUCAAUGGACUGACAGAAGAGGGAUUUACAUUUUAACGGGUGUCGUGCUCCGCAAAGAGUACACGGUGCACGCGGAAACCCGACUAUUCCGCUCGAUGUAUGUUGAAGUGGGUGCUUGUGCCAUGUCCAUGUGUCAUCGUCGUGAGAGGAUCGAACUUGCCAGCAGUCUGUAUCUGCCGAAGAGGGAAACCAAUACAAGGUCUCGCUGUCUCGCUGGAGCGGAGUAUUAUUAGCGGUUCAGACAGUGCAACUGUCUCUCUCUGGUAUGUAAAGCAUUUCUGCCGUAAAACGUGUAAAUAAAACCUCGCGGGCUACAAAACCACCCAUAGCUACACGGCGCUUUAAAAUGACAGAGGUCAAGUGCAAAAAUAAUAAUAAACAGAGACAUCGAAGGCGUUUUUACACGGUAAUAACUCCCUCUUCCGCCAGUCAGAAAGACGAAAACAGGAUCCGACCUCCGGCCAGAGCCCACUCCUCAACAUGCCUGCCCUUUUAACUAUUAAAGCUGUGUUAGCCGCUCAGGAAGCUAUAGUCAUGCACUGCAAUUACGCACUAAUGACAGCAUCAUAAUUUACAAUCCAAGAAUAAAACACAGGAAGAGGAAGAUUUUUAAAAGAAAAAAAAAUAGUGUGCUGAGCAAAAGAUAAACAUUCACUGGCUCCCAUGCUGGCUGCCAGAAGUCCUCCACUCCACACCCUCAGCCAUGCCUGCUACUACCAAACCCGCCAGGAGACAGACACCUGCUCAGAGGAAAAAUAGCCAGAAAGUGAGCACCAAGAGGCAAACCUGUAACUCAAAUAAACCCAGAGGAAGAGCCACAGAGAGGCCCCAGAAAACACCUGCAGAACCCAAAAGGUCAACAACCAGGGCCCAGGCGCAGUCAGGCCGAAGCCCACGCGGGAGAGGGGUUAGCGGGCCUGCUGGUCAGGGCCCUGGGAGGUCCCCUGGCAGAGUUAACGCUGCCAUAAAUGAAACAGGAUCUGCAAGGCUUAGACGGCCAAGCAAUCCGCCUGACCACUGUGGCGAGUUACAAGACCCCCUAGGGCGAAGGAAGUCCCUGCGGGGCACAGGGGUGUCUGUUACUCCCUGCCAACCCCCUAAACCUUUCAGACGAGGGAGAAACAGCAGGGGGAGCGCGGGGAGAGGAGCAGCAACUCGGCAAGGAAACACAAGAAGCCAGCCGGAGAGCAGCAGCAUCAACGACUCAACUCCUGACGAGGAAAAUGAGAAACUGGACAGCAGUGAAGCUGAGGAAAUCCUCCCAGUUUCUCUGAAAAUUGAUUUUGAAGUUCCUGCGAGUAUCAAAGAGCAGGGUCUGGGAAUCAGCAAUGCUAAAGAGGACAGCCCUCUUAAAGCAGAUUCCCCACCGUGUAACGACACACUGGAGGACUGUGUGCAGUGCAGCUGUGACAGUGCUACAACACAACAAGACAAAAAGACUGUCAGCUGUAACAGUGAAGGUGACCUAAGGUGUGUGAUUGGGGCCCAUGUGUGUGAUGAUGUUGAUGAUGGACAGCUUAAACUCUGCAGUGACAGAAGUAAAGAUAGCCCCUCUGAGCCCUCUGCGCUAACGUGUAUCGGCUCACCAGGGGCGCAGGGCAGCAGCGAGGAAAAUGACAGUCCAUCUAUCCUCGGAAAUAAGCAUGACCGUCUUGCAAGUGACAUCAAGCAAGAAGACGAGCAUGGUACCACGUUGGACUUGAUCGAGAAUAGGGCAGAUGAACGAGUGAUAGUUGUCGCUGAGAGAACAGAGAAGAUAAAUCAUGAGAUGAGAGAGAGUUUAGAGGCGGUGAAAGAAGUCGAGAGACAAAGUGAGACAGUGGAGGAGAUUGUUGAGAGGCUGGCUGAUUGUGAGGGUGGGGAAAAAGAAAAGGAGAACGAUGUUUUCAUCAGGCCUACUGACUCCCACCCCGGCACUCCAGCCACUCAACAUCCAGACCCACCUCACUCUAUCAAUGGACUGACUGCACAGUCACAAUCACUUGUAAGUGUGCUAGCGUUCUCCAACACAGCUACCUCAAAUACCACCAAAGCCCCCUCCACCUCCGAGUCACCUGAGCUAGAGGUUCUGAUCCAGGGUAAGACAGACAUGCAACCUACCAUAAUUCAUGGUGCUAAACCUCAAUUCCCACGGUCCUCAGCUGUUGUUGAAAGUGCCCUGAUGUUGCAGACUGCUCUAGUGAAAAGAAAUACGCCGGUUAUUGUCCAUAGUGACUCCCUCAAACCUCGGAGCUUAGGGGGUUCAAGCCAGGGGGAACCACACCAACUGCAAAGCCUGGAUAUCCCUUCUCCUCAAAGACAAGCUUGCACACCAGCAGAGACGCAGACCAAAGAUAGUGAAACCAAUCAAGAGCCAUUGGAGCGCCACAACCAGAAAGAGACGUCUUCGCUGUCAUUGUUGCUAGUUCCUCAGUUGAACACAGAUCCAGCUGAGUGUGAACUGAACUUCAGCAAAGAUGGUGUUCUUGUAGCAAUGUCAGGGCCGGACUCAGUGCCAAAGAUCUCGACCUCUUCUCUCGACAGUAGCUCCACCUUGUCCUGCAGCUCGGAAAGCACUCGCUCCUCUUUUUCUUUUGACACGGAAUCAGAGGCAGGGUAUGGAGAGCCCAGCCCCUCCGCUCUAGCUGAGGGGGCUUUCUUGCCCUCCUGGACCACUCGCAAACUACAGAAGAAGGAGAGGAAGAAGCGGAGCAGGUGUGGGGCCUGCGAGCCAUGCCUGAGGAACGUCAGCUGUGGUCAGUGCAGUUGCUGCCUCAACCGCAGGACUGGCCACCAGAUAUGUAAGCUGAGGAAGUGCGUGGAACUGAAGAGGAGAAGACCUUCAUCUCCACUCACUCUCGCUGCUGCACAGGUGGUUCCAGAAAGUGAGUCGGUAAAUGGCAAAGGCAAGGCACAGAUGGAUGACACCCACACGGCAGCAGAGGAGGAUGAGGGGGAGGAAGGCCACAUACCUCAUACACAAUCCCCCCCCAUCACCCACUCGCUCACCCACAACCUGGCUUUGGACCAAUGCGGACGACCAGCACUUGUUAAAAGAGAGCCCGGGCUGGAGCUGACCAGCAAUGCACUUGAUCAACACGUAUGCUCUUCUGUGAUUUUUCAGAAUGGUUCUGCUGAGAGCCUAACAAAACAUAUCGGUGCUAAUAUGACCACUGGGUCACACUCUGAUCUGAAGUCUGUCUAUAAAAGGACUAUGAUUGCAUCAGAGCCUCAAAGGACUAUAAUAGCUGCAAUCUCUAAAGACUGCUCUGAGAAUGGACUCAAGACAACUCCAGAUGAUAUGUCAGUUCCGCUAAAGAAGAUCAAACUGGAGGAGCCAUGGAUGUGGAUGACUGAACAGGCCACUACACAGCUGAGUGAUGGAGAUGAGGUCUGCGAAGACCCGCUGUCCACGCUGGCGGCCGUGGUGUGUCUUUCUGUCACCGAGAGAAAGGGACUGGAGGAGAAACUUUUCAGCUCCCGUUCUUCCUUUGUUUGCUCCAUCAAAACAGAGCCACCAGAUUUGCACUUUGUCAAAAAAGAGCCUGAGGACUUAAAGAAUGAUUCAUGUCAGAAAAGCACUCCUAUUAGCCUGCAAAAGACUCCCCAUCCUAUCAAAAGUGAACCUCCUCCAAGUGUCUUGCUACCAAGCGUGCAGUUUUUGGCAGAGAGGAGAAAUCUUAGUUUUGAUCAGGCUAUUGCUAUUGAGGCCUUGACUCAACUGGCAGCUAUACCUCAAAGCACCCCUGGGUCCAUUAAAGCUGAAAGUAAGUGUGAACAUCCCAUUUCUACUGCUGCCCAAAAUUCAACCUUCAGUACAAAUACAACCCUGCAAGAAGCCAAACCCACAGCAGCUAUCCGCUUCAAUAAAGUCUCGGUCAUCAGCUCACCACUACACCAGACGUCAGUCAUACGCCCUCCUGUGGCCAGACAAGGGAAUGUUAUCCAGUGCUCCCAUGGGUCAAGCUCCAACACAAGGCUGUCUCUGCAGGACCUUUUAGAGGCCAGCUCAGACAGUGAUAAAGCACCCUGCAGGAGGACAGAGCAGGGCUUUGUUUCUCGUGUCAUCAAGUCAGAAUGCAGCUAUAAUAAUCCCAGUGACAUGAAGUUCAGUAAAGAUCAUGAGCGGUGGUUUGGGGAGGACAGAGACAUGGAUGUUGGUAAAGCGAGGAGAAACCGAGACGAGGAAGAGGUGGCAGCUCAACUGGCAGACCUGGCCUUCAUCAUCCAGUCCCGACACAACCAGCAGUCAGAGAACAACACUCAAAAAGGAACACCUGUGUCGGCCAUCAAAUACAACUACAACCCCCAGCUGCCCACCAGUCAGAAAAAGACCCCGGUAAAAAAAGUAAAAGCUACACCUUCCAAGCCCAGGAAGAAGAAGAUAAGUGAUGGAAUACAUGAGGGAACCAACAGCAGGACCCCCCUCUCAAAACGCAUGCCAAAUGGAGAGGCACCCCACAGAGGCAAGAAGAUUGUCCCGCAGGGGAAAUCAGGCCUUCACCACAAGAGGAACCUGUUUCUGCCUCAGGCUCAGAUUGACCUGAAGAGAUACUUGGCUGAGGCUCAGGAGGAAAGGCGGCAACUCAUCCAUCACAGCAAUGCAUACAAUACAGCCCUCUUAGGGCCUCAGACUCAGAACUACAGCACUCUCACAAGGAACACUCAUGGUCAAGAAAAACAGCCAUGGUCCUUUUCAAAUGGUCCACACCACCAACACAAUCCAUGCAAUGGUCAUGCUGCAGGACCGGGUCAGGAGUGUGAAAGGCAUUUGUUAUCUCAGGUAGCGCAGCCCUGUGGUUGGCUGCAGCAUCCAAACACCAGCCCAGCCAAUGCUGCUGUCUUCAGCCACACCACUGGGCACCACGGUCUGGCUAAUGGCUUCUCAGGGGCUCGGCAGUCCCCCCCUCCAAGCCAGCAGGGCUACUACAAGCUGGAGAGGUCAGGACCUGUCACUGUCCUGUCCACAGCCACUGAUGGGGAUAUGGGCCACUCUGCAGAGUCAACUCCAUCCAAGAACGGCGUCAACAGCUUUCUGGAGUCUCCUAUGAGAUUUCUGGAUACCCCUACCAAGAAUUUGCUCAAUACACCUUCCAAAAAACUGGCUGAUCUUCCAUCCUGCCAAUGCGUGGACCAAAUCAUUGAAAAGGAGGAAGGCCCUUACUAUACACACCUUGGGGCAGGACCCAAUGUUGCUGCAGUGAGGGAACUGAUGGAAAACAGGUAUGGUGCCAAAGGAAAUGCAGUAAGGGUGGAAGUUGUUGUUUACACUGGGAAAGAAGGAAAGAGCUCCCAGGGGUGUCCGAUAGCUAAAUGGGUGAUCCGGCGUGGCAGUGAAGAGGAGAAGCUGCUGUGUUUGGUCCGCCAGAGGCCAGGGCACUACUGUGACACUGCCAUGUUGGUGAUCCUCAUCCUGGCGUGGGAAGGAAUCCCUCGGCCGGUGGCGGACAAUCUCUACCAGGAGCUCACCCAGUCCCUCUUUAAAUACGGCUCUCCUACCAGCCGGCGGUGUGCCCUCAAUGAGGAUCGUACGUGUGCAUGCCAGGGUUUGGACCCAGACACCUGUGGAGCAUCGUUUUCCUUUGGCUGCUCCUGGAGUAUGUACUUCAAUGGCUGUAAGUUUGCCCGCAGCAAAGUGCCCCGCAAGUUUCGCCUGCUUGGAGAUUACCGGGAAGAGGAGGAGAAGAUAGAACGCAACCUUCAGGGUCUUGCCACUGAGCUAGCACCACUCUACAAAAGACUGGCCCCUGAGGCCUUUCAAAACCAGGUGGAAAAUGAGGAGGGAAGUGUGGACUGUCGGCUGGGCUGGAGGGAGGGACGGCCUUUUUCUGGGGUCACUGCCUGCGUGGAUUUCUGUGCCCACGCUCACAAGGACACUCACAACAUGAAUAAUGGCAGCACUGUGGUUUGCACUUUAACCAAGGAAGAUAACCGUGCAGUGCGUAACAUACCAGAAGAUGAGCAGCUCCAUGUUCUGCCACUUUACAGGAUCUCUGACAGGGAUGAGUUUGGUCGGGUUGAGGGCCAGUGGGCAAAGAUCCAAAGUGGUGCUCUGCAAGUUCUGUCUUCCUUUCCCCGAGAGGUGAGUGAAGAGGUGCGUCUACUGGCUGAGCCAGUGAAAUCAGCCCGUAAGAUUAGGCAAGAGGCUCGUCAGAGGGUUCAAGCAGAGAAACUGGAGAAGAAGCUCGGGCUGACUCCUCUCACUCCUGGGAAAGUGAAAAGUGAAACCCCCAACAAAGAGUCUCAGGGCUACUACAGCUCACAGAGACUACCGCCCAGACCUGCCAGCGCUGGAAGGUACCUACCUAACCAACCAAGCACUUACAGCCAGAGCACCAGCAGCUACCCCACACUGGGUGCAGGGGUCACCCCGCAGAAGGAAGCCAUCUCCCCCAACCACCAUGGCCUACCUGGCCACCAGUUUGGACAAAAUGGCUCAGCUCUAAAUUAUAAGACAAUGAGCAACGUCGUGAAUGGUUAUCCCUCAGAACAUAUACCUCCACAUAAUGCCCUUAGUGACUACCCCCCUACAUUUAAAGCUGAGCCCAGCGAGGUGCACUGCUCUCUUCUGCGCAGACCCUCCCCCAGUGAGAGCGCUCCUCCCUCCUCCUUCUCCCCCAGACCUACCUCUGAGGGCCUCUUAAGCAGGCUUAAUGGACUCCACAGGGCUGCAGGAGAUGUUGCAGCAGAGGUCAGGGGUCAUGGACUCCUCCCUCCACUCUCAUCUCUCCCCCUUCCCCUGCAAACUCCCCCACUUGAACCAGAGGAAGUUAAGCAGGAGGAGGUGUGGUCAGACAGCGAGCACAACUUCCUGGACCACAACAUAGGCGGAGUUGCCGUGGCACCGUCACACGGCUCUAUAUUGAUAGAGUGUGCACGGCGGGAGCUCCACGCCACCACCCCUAUCCUCAAGCCAAACCGAAGCCACCCCACCCGCAUCUCCCUGGUCUUCUACCAGCACAAGUCUCUUAAUGAACCAGGCCAUGGGAUGGCUAUGUGGGACGCAAAAAUGGCCAAGCGGGAACGGGAGCGGGAGGAGGAGGCUGAGAGAUUAAGGAUGGAGGAAAGUGUGGGGAAGAGCGGCAAAGGAGCUGAAGACGUGGAGAAGGAGAAGGAAACAGGAGAGGAGGAGGAGGCAAGGAGGAUGAAGAAUGUCCCCACACGUCAAGCAUGGACUCAACCGAGGGAUGGUGUCGUCACCGUGUCCCCUUAUGCUCUUACCCAAGUGACAGGCCCCUACAAUCGCUGGACUUAGUCAACAUGUUUUACACACACAGAGAAAACUCCUACACCCUGUGCUUCUGCCUUACCUCAAUCAACUUCAAACUGCUACUCUCAUUUUUACAUCGUUUUCAUUGUGCUUUUCUAAUAUCUGGUGGUUCACUUUGUCCUUCUGCAUCUCUGCCUUCAGAGUGAUGAGGAAGACCCAAAGUUUGUUGGCUUUUUAACUGUGAGUUUUCGGUGUUGUUUUUAUUGUAAAGAGAUGGUGCUUUGAAGCAUUUUAAAGACGUUUUUAAACUGGUUUUAUAUACAUGAUUAAGAACAAAAAAGAUGUGAUUAUUUAUUCUGAUCAUAAUGAUUUCUAUUUAAUUCCUGGUGUAAGCCUGUUUACUGCAAGAUUUCUAUGAUAACCUGCAUUAUGUGUUGACGUUCAGAAUUUAUGUUGUACAGUAGGAGUAUGCUCUUUAUUUUCAGCCAAUAGUUCUCUUGUCCUAAGAUGAAUCUCAUUGGCUUUUACAUUGGUGCCAUUCUCACUGUAACCUUUAUUUAGCAAACUCAUCACAUAAUGUACAAAACAAGACUAAUAGUGUGCAUAUAUUUACUACAGAUUGUCACAUGUAGCAUUGUCCUUUUCCUUCUGCUGCCUCUGACUUGUGUUGGCAGUUGAUGAAAGAAAUGUACUUCUUUGGUUUGUUGUUUUGUUUCUUUUCUCUCGUCUGGAUGGUCUGUCUUUUAUUCACAGAUAUGUACGGCAUAUUAAGAAGCACUUUUUUGUUUUCCUAAACUUAACUUGAAAAGGUCCCAAUUCAUAGGCCUAAAUAUGUAUGUACAGAUAAAUAGAGAUAUAUAUGACAGUUUAGCAUGGAUCCAGUUUUAUUUUACAGUAUUUUUGCAUUUAUUUGAUAUUCAUUUGAUUGAAAACGACAUACAUAUCUAAUGAAAUUCAAAACUUAGUAUAAUGAGGAAUCUUGAAAUACUGCAACAAUGAAGUGCUUAUCAUUCUUGGCACUUAACUUUCUGGAAAAGGAAUUCUUUCAUAGGGCACAAAUGUGAUAAUAGGAAUUCAAAAACUUACUGUACAUUUUAAUGGUGCUAAUGAGAAAUCACAACAUGUCAGCUAUGUCAACAGAAUAUUGCCAGUUUUGUAUGUCAAUAAUCAAACAAUUCCUUCUUUUGCCUCCUCUCUGCUUUUAUUGUAAAACCACUCACAAAUCAGAUCCCACUCAGACAAUUGCCUAAGACGAUUUCGGGUGCUCAAACCUUGUGAAGACUUUGUUUACAGAUAGCGUUUUUUUACAGGGUCUGAAUAAGGGGGUUGGUGUCAACUCCUGGUGAAUCAGGAUGUUUAUUUUUUAUUACCCAUAAAAGAGAAGCUCUUUCUUUUAAGAAUUCAUCAGUGAAAUUUCAGCACAAGCGGUAAAGACCUUUCACUGGUAUUCACACUAACACUGGUGGUAUAACAUUUCCUGUGAGAAAAAUGUUGGUCUUUUACACACUUUGACUUCCUCUUGGUGCUAAUAGGACAAGAUUUCAAGGUGCAUACAAUGACCUAACCUGGUUGUAUACUAAACGGUGAUGGCACGGUGCUUUUUGAAACUCAGACACACUGAUCUGGUAUGUGAUUCAAUACAAAGGUAGUUUUAUCAUUUCUCUGCAUGAUUACUGGCUGACAACAGACUUGAGAUGUGUUGAUAUCCCGCCAUUGAUCAUGAUGUUUUCAUGUACCAGUUAAAAGCAAAUUAUUGUAUUAUUAUUAUGUCCAUCUAGAGUUCAGAUGUCUUCCAUAGAGAACCAAACUCUCCGACAAUUCUCAUAAAUCACAACAUACACACAACAUGAAGUGAAUGUAAACAGUUUAAAUCAUUUCAUUUAGAUAGAACAUUUUUGAACACGAGAAAGUUACAGCGGUAAAUGUUUCUUUUAAAUUUUCUGUGGGGGACAUUCUCAGUUCACAUUGAAAGUCUUUUUAAUUGACGAGGAACUAACAACUAGCACCAGCAUUUAAAAAUCUGAAAGAAAAAAAACCUUUUAUUAGUAGAAAAUGUGUAAAUAUGUAUGUGAACUAUAUUGUUUUUACUGUACUGUUAAUGGUGUUUAGACAAUGGAUGAUCUUGCUUAUUUUGAAACUGAAUUACUGUACGUUGCUGAAAGUAUAUCCAGUUUAGACUUGAGAAGAGACUAAAUUUAGCAUUCCUUUUACGGAUGGCUGAUCUCUUUUGGGAUUGUGAAAUAAAGUCAUAUUUAUAUUUUGAACCUGA